AUGAUUCCUUCGUUGAAAUCAAAGUUGCUGGGCCGAUCGGGAUCCGCCAACAAGAAAACAUCCGGCAACAAAAAACAGGCAUCAGAGGUCAAAAAUGUUGAAGAUAUCGAUGAAGUUGAUGAACAAGGCCAGAGUAUUUUAUUGGGAAUAAUUUCUCAAUUGAGGCCGGGAUGCGAUUUAUCUAGAAUCACCCUACCAACAUUUAUUUUGGAGAGGAAGUCAAUGCUUGAGAGAAUCACAAACCAGUUACAACAACCGGAUAUAGUCAUUGAUGCCGAAAAAAGUAGGGAUAACCCGCUCAAGCGAUUUUUACUGGUUGUGAAGUGGUACAUGUCAUGCUGGCACAUUGCCCCUAAAGCGGUGAAAAAACCAUUGAAUCCAAUAUUAGGCGAAUAUUUCACCUGUUACUGGGAUUUACCGAAUAAUGAAAAAGCCUACUAUAUAUCCGAGCAGACUUCGCACCAUCCACCAAAAUCAUCUUAUUUUUACGCUAUUCCAUCCUCAAACAUUCGCGUUGACGGCAUAGUUGCUCCAAGAUCAAGAUUUUUAGGUAAUUCCACCGCGGCUAUGAUGGAUGGCACAACAAAAUUAACCUUUCUUGACAUCAAGGAUCCAGAUACAGGAAACCCCGAGGUUUACACGCUUACUCAGCCGAAUAUGUAUGCUCGUGGUAUUCUUUUUGGCUCGUUAAAGUUCGAGUUGGGGGAUCACAUGAUUAUCAAAUGUGCAAACACGCAUUAUAUGGCUGACAUUGAGUUUAAAACCAAGGGAUUCAUUUAUGGAACAUACAAUACUAUAAAUGGUGUUAUUAGCAAUACCAGUACUGGUGAAAAUUUGUUUGAACUUACAGGAAAAUGGAACGAGCAAAUGUUCAUAAAGGAUUUGCGCACAGGGGAGAAAAAAUUGUUUUGGGAUUGCGAAUCAGCUAAUCCAUUAAAGCCGAAAGUAAGAAGUUUGGAUGAACAAGGUGCAUAUGAAAGUCGACGCCUUUGGAAAAAAGUUACUGAUGCCUUAGGAAGGCGUGAUCAUAAAGUGGCUACUGAUGAGAAAUUUAAAAUUGAGGAAGAGCAGAGAACGGAGGCUACAAAACGUGAGGAAGACGGUGUCGAAUUUUAUCCAAAACUAUUUAGACCUUUGUCAAUUGAAGAAUCUGUCGAAAAUGGAAACGAUAAACUCGAAUUUAUUAUAUAUAAGGAUCGAAUUGUGAACAGAGAUUUUGAAGAGCGGAAAUACGAACAGCUGGAGAACCAUAUUUGUGAGAUGGCACCAAUAUUACCAGGUCAGAAAUUCCGCAAAACCUUUGAAAUACCGGCCUAUCAGAAGCUUAAAGGAACUACAGACACAUCAAACUGA